UGCGUAGCUAUAGUAUGAUGCGUUUCGAGAAAGAGGUCCAACAGAAGGAGAUACGUCAUGAGAUGAAAUUACGUUUGGCACGUCUCCAGCAGCAACAGCAUCUAAAUCAAAAUAAACCACAAAUUGUUAUUGGCGAUACAUUGCAACAUCAUAUGGGCGCAGCGUCGGCAUUGAGUCGUUUAAGCGGUAUGCCAACGCCCAGUCCAUUAACGCCUAACUCAACGGAUGAACUGCUACCAUCGGUGGAUGAGCUGCAAGAGUAUCCACCAAAAACUGACGAUCUCGCAACAACAAUACACAAAAUGGCCGCCGAUAGUGUUGCUGCUUCGACACUUACAGCGAUUAAACAAGCUGCAAUUGGCACUAGCCAUGCAUUAACAGCAGCAACAACAACAAUGGGAGCAACAACAGCCGCCACAACAGCCGGUGUGAGUGCCAGUAGGACCAGUGGUAGUGGUGGAAGCUUACUAACACCUGGCACACCUUCAGAUGUGGCUGAGGCGGCCGCUUAUAUAGGACCCUGUAGCUCAUCGACUGAAGCACUCUAAAAGAGGUAAUAACCAAAGAGAGAAAACCAAAUAAAGAAAAAUAAUUAAUAAAUAGGAAUAAAUUUAAAGUAAAUUAGAGCAAAAACAAGCAGUAGGAAUUAACGAAUUUGACCGCAAAAAAAAAACACACACAAUAUUAACAACAACAGCAGUAACAAAUAGAGGCUUCAAAUCGUAAAUACAGAAAUACAAAUUAAAAUUAGAAAGUAUUCAAAACAAGUAAAAAGUAUACGCAACAAUGAAGAAAAAGUUUUACAUAAUAAUACGCAACACAUCUUCAUAUGUAUACAUAAACAUACAUAUAAAUAUUUGUAUGUCU